GUGAAGGCUGGACUCUACUAGGAUGAACUCUGUUGCGUUUGCAAGCACUAGCUCUGGCUUCAAAGAUCCUCAAACACUUAGCUUCGAAAAAGACUGGAUCCGUAGAGCAGUCCUGGCCUCGUAUUGGAUCGUCAUUAUUCUGGCUUUCCCAUUCUGGUGGCAUUUGACGAGUAUAGAGAGACUUGCACUUCCAACCAGUCAAGUACGAUCACAACUUCAGAGCAAUGUUGUCUUUCCUGUCGCUGUUUACCUUGAUGAGUCCAUCAGCCAACAAAAUCCCAGCCUAAAAUCCCAACUCCAAACAUUACUUCAUGAUUCUGCGAUAAAUGAACCUGGUCGGUGGAGGGGCGUUGACACACACCUACAGGACAAAAAUAAUGAAGCAGCAUCUAGCCUAUAUACAGUUGCUCUUGGUGAACAGACUUCAAUUGCGCAUUCAAGGCACUUGCAGGUGAACAAGACCGAUGCGCAAUCAGGCACGAGAUUAAGCUCAAUAUUGUCCGACCUCAUUGCUCCCCCGGAGUCGGGCACUUCGCAUUCGCAGCGUGUCGUUCAAUACUCGGAUCACUAUCGUCUCUCUUUUACGCUGCUAAACGAAGACGCAACCCCCAAUCGAUUUGUUGAGACAUGGGAUGUGCAAGCUGCGCUCGCGGAAUUCAUAUUUCCGCUGAUGUCUCGACUCUCUAUUUUGCAUAAUUUUACAGUCGAAAGUCAAGUACAGUAUCAUGCUCCAUUAGCAUUUGAGCCGAGACGCCUAAUACUUGAUGACACCGAAGCAUCAGGGCUAACUCAGGAAGACUUGACGGUGUUUAUCAACUCUGCAGAAUGGACACUUGCAUCCAGCGUCUCGAAUGAUCCUGUUCUACACUUCGUUAUAUUCGUUCCUUCUGAGAACCAUUCACCUAUGAACAUCAUUGACAGUGAAGGUCGUCCAAUAAAUCAGAGCUCCUUCCUUUUGCCCCAAUGGGGCAGCAUAUUCAUCCUCAACAAUGAACUCAAUUCUUCGUCGUUCCAUCUUUCAUAUAACGAUCUAAAACCAGUUUUCCGUAAUUUUGCAACCCAGCUCGCUGCUCUUUUAGGCGUGCCACCCGUUCCCCUCGGUUUGAGCAUGGAAGGAAGCUUUCUAUCUGACUGGCAAUUAGAUGCUCUGCUCCGGCGCCGUGCAUUGCAGAAUGUGCAAGGCAGCCAGGACACAUUGCACAGCAUUGUGAAGCUCGUGGAUCAGAUCAAUAACAUGCCUGUUGGGCAAGUGGUACGAAAUGAUGUCCUAGAUGCCCUUGCAUCGCUCCAUGAGGUGUGUUCUGCAUCUGAUGUGAUAUUAAUGAAUACUGUGCUCAAGCAAUGCAGGCCUAUCGCACUGCCAGGGACAUCGCCGGCCCUUGCUCUGCGAUGGUCCAGUAAGGCGUUAUCUUUGGCGUCACGCGCUUUCUUUAAUCCUGGGAUGCUGGCAUUGCUGUAUUUUCCUGCCGAGCACAAGUAUGCGGUGUAUACGCCACUAUUCGCAUCUAUAUCUGUUCCUCUUGUGGUGGCCUUAAUUCGGGAAUUUAUGGCGUGGAGACGGGGCCCACGGGAUGACGGAAGGCGGUAGGAUUGAUGAUUACGCCUUUUGAUUGAUAGCCUGUUUGUAUGCAAGGCUUGUGUACGGUAGAAAAUACAUGCAGGAUUUAUGCGAGAUAAUCCUAUUCCAGUGUAUUUUAGCUGUCCGUAGUAUAGUGUAUGGUUAUACAGCAUGGGAAGCAUUAAGACCAGCUAAAGGUUAAUUAUACCGUUACUCAGUACUCAGUGC